AUGACGGGAGACGACUGGGGGAGAGGAGGACGCAGCGAGAGCGGGAGAGAGAAAGUUCGGAGGUGGAGGGACGACCACGACCCCGACCCCGAAGCAGGAGACGUGAUGCCCCACUUUCUUUCUGUCAUUCUUUCAGCCGGUGCUGGUGGUGGUCGUGUUGACGGUAGCCAACAGAAGACGUCCAACAACAGCGCCAACGCCAACAGCGCCAAUGGCAGUACCAACAGCGGUGGUGGUAAGAGUACGACGACGAAAGCUUCGGAACCGGAGCCCGCUCCGAGACCCCCUCGGCCGACCUUCACGCCGCUCAGCAACUUCCAGGCGCUGGUGGAGUUCCGCAUGAACGCCGGGGACGAGCCCUUGCGGCGACGACUGGAGAGCACGGCCACCAACGCGGAGACGCUGUCGGCCGACAAGCUGGGCCGCAUGCUGGACGUGGCGGCGGGGUGCGUGCGGGACGAGCUGUUGCUGAGGCUGCACCUCUUCUCGCUCAUCGCCGCCGAGCCCGUCGAGAUGCGCAGCGCGGCCACGGGCACGCGGGACGGGAGCGGAGACGGGGUCGGGACAGAGUCGGGAGCAGGCGUCUUCCUGCCGCUGUUUGUGCGCUUCGUGGACCUGACUCAGGGCGUGGCGUCGCGUCCCCAGGAGGAGCUGCUGGGCUUCGUGGCGCUGGACGGCGACGGGGAGGCGCUGGCCGAGCGGCUGCUGGACUUUGCCACAGCCACCUGCAGCCUGGACAUGGCCAAGUGCCGCGGCUUCGCCUACGACUGCGGCGCCGACGGCGGGGCGCGGCACGCCCUCCGGAUGCGCACGGCAGCCGAGCACAUCACCCAGCGGCACCCGGGGGUGGUGCGCACGCUCUGGUCGCGCUGCGGCCUCAACGCCACGCUGGCCGAGAGCGCCAGCACCCCCGCCACACAGCUGGUGAUUGGCACGCUGGGCCGCGUGGAGGCGUUGCUGCGGUCGUCGCCCGCGCUGCGCCUGGAGCUGGAGCGCACCGUGGCAACCUGCUUCCGGCACGACGAGGACAACGCCCGCAGCCUGCUGGCCGCCUGCCGUGGGCGCUGGAGCCGGCGCCACGAUGCCUUCCAGCUGACCUUUGACCUCCUGGAGCCCCUGAAGACGUGCCUAGAGGCGGCGGCCGGCUACGGGGAGGUGAUGUCGGGCGGCGAGGUGGCGGCGGAGGUGCGCGUGAGCGAGCGGGUGGCGCGCGACUGCCUGGCGCUGCUGGACACGCUGAGCGACUUUGAGUUCCUGGCGGGCCUGGUGGUGCUGAAGAACGCGCUGAGCUUCACGCGCGCCUUCGGACGCAACCUGCAGGGCGGCGCCCUCGACGUGCACAUGGCCACCGGCAGCGUGACGGCCGUGCUGCAUUCGCUCGUGGAGGUGGCGGACAACAUCGACGUGUAUCACGAGUUCUGGUUCGAGGAGGCUGCGUUGGCGGCGGCGGCGCUGGGGGUGCCGGUGCGCAUCCCGCUGCGCCACAUGAGGAAGUGCGCCGCACUGGGGGCAGCCGAGCCACAGCCCGAGACGUACUACAAGGAGCACCUGACGGUGCCGGUGGUGAGCUACGUGAUCUCGGAGCUGAACGAGCUGUUCUCGGAGACGCACCUGCGCGUGCUGCGCUGCCUGUCGCUGGUGCCCGCCGUGAUGGGCCAGCUCAAGUUCGCACCCGACGUGGUGGCCGAGGAGUCCGCCGUCGCAGAGGUGUUUGGUGAUGAGCUGCCCAGCCCCACCACCUUGGGCACGGAGCUGCAGUGCUGGCGCGUCAAGUGGAAGCACCGCAGCAAGGGGGUGCCGCUGCCCGCCAGCAUCGCCGAGACCCUGCAGCUGGCCGACGUCAAGUUCUUCCCCAACCUGGAGGCCCUGCUGGGGGCGCUGUGGCACCUGCCCCUGCUCAACCCCGACGAGCCCCAGAAACAACCAGCAGCGGCGGCAGCAACAGCAACGACCACACCAACCCAGACCCAGAAGAAGCAGACACAGGGGGAGGCGCCGGAAGCCAUGGAGGAGGGAGGUGAGAAGCAGGUCAGUGGAGACGCCGAUCAAAACAACGGAGGUGAUCAUAACAAUGAGGAGGAAGAGGAGGAGGAGGAAGAAGAGGAGGAGAGCGGCGACGCAGAGGAGGAGUGCAGUGGCGAGGCGCGUAGCCGUCUGCAGGCGUACCUGCGCGACACGCCCGCGCGCCACCGCUGCCAGCGGCUGGCCCUGCUCUACGCCAGCAUGGACGCGCGGCACGACCCCGACGCCAUGGUGGAGGCCUACCUCCGACUCCACCCCGACACACACUGAGGGACAAGCUUGUACCCCGAUACCCCAAUGCCCACUGAAUGACGAACUGUACCCCGAUAAUAGCUGAACUGUACAGUGAUAUCCCCUGACUUUCUUGAGGCUCUACUCCAACAUCCACUGAGGGACAAACUUCUACCCUGAUACACACUGAAUGGUAAACUUGUACCCCGAUACUCACUGAAUGGUAAACUUGUACCCCGAUACUCACUGAAUGACGAACAAUACUCACCGAACGACAAACUGUACCCCGAUAAUGACUGAACUGUACAGCGCCAUCCCCUGACUUUCUUGAGGCUCUACUACCCCAACAUCCACUGAGGGACAAACUUGUACCCCGAUUCUCACUGAAUAACAAACUGUACCCCGAUAUUAGCUGAACCAGGGUGCAGACUGUACAACAAUAUCCCCUGAGUGACUGCUCUACCCCGACACCCACUGAAUGACAAACUGUACCCCGAUAAUAGGUGAACCAGGGCACGGACUGUACAUCUCCUGAACUAGUCCCAUGACUUUCCUCAGGCUCUACCCCAACACCCACAGAACGACAAACUGUGACCCCAUUGACGCCCAUGGAGACAGGAUGCAGGCUGUACUUGGACACUCAUCUUUACCAUUAUACAUUGCAUUCCAAAUUAUUAUGCAAAUCAUAUGUUCAUUGAUUUCCCCUAAAUAGUUUACAUGAAUGACAGGUGAUCAUCAUUUUCAAGUCAUCAGCCGUCGUCAGAGGUGCGCAGAGUCAUGACCACAGAGACUCUGGGCCCACACAUCCCCUGCAGCAGUCCCAUGAGUAAUCAGAGUUCACUAAUGCCUCUUUUCCACUGCUGGUUUUCUGGUAGGCCUACUACAGCUCGACACAGCGUGUCUCGGCCGCCACUUUUUGCCUUACGAUAGAGCUGUGUUGUGUCUAUUUGAAAAGCAAAAAGUGGCGGCCGAGUCGCGCUGUGUCGAGCUGUAGGCCUACCGUCAGUGGAAAAGAGGCAUUAGUUGUACUCACCAAAACAGAUGUUGAUGGCUGAAGCAAAAAAAAAACGUGCUUUAGGUCUAGUGACCCCUCAAACGGCAAAACUGUACCCCAGCACACUCUUAAAAUGUUGGCCUCUGAAAACUAAACUCUAACAAGAUGCCCUAAAUGCUCUGGAGCUUGCCAACUUCUCAAACUCCAUCCAUGCGCCCACCUCUCGAUUCCGGCAACUCGCCUCAUGUGUUCAUAUGUAAAUACAUGACUGCUCUUCUUUUUGUUUUUGUUUUUCCACCCCAUUGAACGAUUUGGGCUGGAUUAUUGAAUGGGUGAAAUGGUGUGAUUGUCCUCAGCAAUUAUUAGAUUUUCUUUGUAAUGUAUCUGCAGGAUUAAUAAAUUGUUUAUUGAUGUGUUUA